UCUGCAAGCGUUCAGUGUGAGCGCCUGGAGCCGUUAGGAGAUCCGUAGGACGACACGGCGGUCUUCUCCAUUACGGCAUUGUCUCACGGGCAACUUUUGAGUCGACUCAAAAGUCACCUCGUUGGCUCACGGGCAUUCAGGAAAUGCGUGGAAUGGGUCGAGCAGCCGACACUCACGUUUGUCCGAACUAGUAGGGUCCGUUGUUUUGCACUCGGGAAAUACAGUACAAGGGACCCAGGCUGUAAGAUUCGGACCGACCAUUUCGCCUCACACCGUCUGUGUAUUAAUUUCCAUACCAACGCCGUCUGUCCGUGCCAACACCUUCAAUCGACUUUCACAUAUAAGUUGGAUUCAUCUCAUUAGCAGUCUGCGCCUAACAGACUGAGAACAGGCUCAAGAAGAACACCCUCCCUUUCUGUUCCGCGCUUAAGCAUGUCAACGGCAACCUCCACGCCGUUCAGUGCCGCUCUCACCGCACCGCACAGAACCGUACUGCUUUGCCGCUUACCGCCUGUUCCUCCGCUCCGCGCGGAUGGAUUGCGCGCUUCCCUCAUACCUUCCGCCGCUCCCCUCGGCUUUCCGCCCGCCGCACUCCGCCAGUCACAGCAAUCUUCCCCCCGGUCGCGAGGGAUUUCUCUUCAGUCGCGAAAGCUCUCGCCCGGUAUUCGCCCGGGUAAACUAUUUCCUUCGCCCCAGUUUUCCCAGAAGGUUCUAAGACUGGGUGACAGGAGAAUCUUAGGAGCAAUUUCGCAUCAAACAGUUACUAGACAUAGGCAUGUCGCGGUAAGAGCGACCUCGCAGGGUAGCGACAAUUCUGCUUCUAGCGAAUCUGAUUCUAGCGGUUCUAGCGGUUCCAGUGGCGCUCCGCAAGUCCCGGGGAAGAGUCCCGGUUCGCCGAAUGUGGUGCCCAGAUCUCGGCCGUCCUAUCUGGACAUCCCGUUUGAUCCUGCGGUGGACGCGACGAUGGGAGCGGAGAUGGCGGGGAGGAAGAGCAAUGAGCCGCCGCCACCUGGGGAAGAGGGGAGGAAGGCGACGCAGCUGGGCACGCUUUGGAAGCAGUUCGUCCGCGUGGCGGCGCCCUAUUGGUCGUCGGAGGACAAGGGCCAGGCGCGGCUGCGGCUGGCGGCGGUGUUUGUGUUCGCGCUGGGGUGCACUGGCGUGUCCGUGCUCUUCAACUUCCUCUACAGAGACUUCUACAACGCUAUAGCGAGCAAGGACGAGGAGGCCUUCCUGCGCCAGCUCUUGUGGUUUCUGGGCGCCACUGUUGGAGGCGUGCCGGUGUUUGUGUUCCGGGACUACCUGAGGGACACCCUGUCUCUGCGGUGGCGGGCGUGGAUGACGACCGACCUGCUCUCCAAGUACUUCCAGCACCGCACCUUCUACAACAUACAGUCACAGUCCCUGAUCGACAACCCCGACCAGCGCAUCAACGAGGACGUCAACCAAUUCACCACCACGUCGCUCGCCUUCUCCCUGGCGCUGGUCAAUGCCGUGGUUGACCUGGUCUCCUUCUCCGGCAUCCUCUACUCCAUCUACCCGCCACUGUUUGGGGUGCUGCUGGCGUACUCUCUUGGCGGAACAGCCAUCAGCGUCUAUCUUGGCAGGGAGCUGGUGGGGCUGAAUUUCCUGCAGGAGAAGAAGGAGGCGGACUUUCGGUACGGGUUGGUCCGGGCGCGGGAGAAUGCAGAGAGCAUUGCGUUCUACGGGGGGGAGAGGAGCGAGACGCGCCUGCUGCUGCAGCGCUUCAGGCAGUCCUUCUCCAACUACGCUCGUCUGCUGGUGGUGGGGCGCAACCUCGACUUCUUCACCAGCAACUACCGCUAUCUCAUCCAGCUGCUGCCGGCGGCCGUGGUGGCGCCGCUCUUCUUCCGCGGGGAGAUCGAGUUCGGAGUGAUCAACCAGUCCUUCUCGGCGUUCAACCACGUGCUGGGGGACUUCUCCAUCAUUGUGUUCCAGUUCCAGGCGCUUUCAGAGUUCUCGGCAAUUGUGGAACGGCUAGGCGAGUUCCAGGAGGUGUUGGACGAGCAGAGCAAGCCAGCAGCGCUGCCAGCUGCUGCGACUGCAGCAGGUGUGGCAGGUGCGGCCACGGGAGGCAGGCAGGACAAGAACGCUGAGGAGAGGGAAUUAGAUGCGUCGGCAGGUCAACCAACGGCCGCAGAGCACCUGGCGUCGCUCUUCAACAGCUACAUCACCAUUGAGAAUGUCAUUCUGCCCGCUUGGUCGCCCUCAGCCCCUGCAGUGCUGCCCCCAGGCAGCAGCAGUCGCCCGCCCUCCCCUCCCUCCCUCUCCACCUCCUCAUCCUCCUCCUCCUCGUUCCCAUCCGCUUUUGAGUCAACUCAAAAGCCCUCCCUCUCCACCUCCUCAUCCUCCUCCUCCUCCUCCUCGUUCCCAUCCGCCCCCGCCUCGCCUCGCGUUCUUCUCGAGCUCGACAGCGUCACUCUCUGCACGCCGCAGUACGCCUCGUGCCUGCUCAACGACCUGUCUCUCACUGUCAAGCAAGGGGAGCACUUGCUGAUUAUGGGUCCCAGUGGUAGUGGCAAGACCUCGCUGCUGCGAGCUGUGGCUGGGCUUUGGCGUUCGGGCAGUGGAACGGUCAGAAGAUACGUUUACCUGCCCGAGGAAGUAGAAACAGCGACGACGAGCGAAGCAUUGGCAUCUAGCAUCAACACGCAGAGCGAUACAAGCAGCGCAAAUGCGCAGAGUGGCAAUAGAGAGAGUGAUUAUAACGAGACUGGCCGAGAGGGGGGCGAGUGUGCGGCAAGGGAUGGCACAGCAAAGACAGGGACGAGAGAGAGUGAUAGUGAAGGGAGUGUGGAGGGUGCGAGUGUGGUGAAGGCAGAAGGCGCAGUAGCUGACGUGGAGGAAGGGGUCAUGGACGCGGGAGGGGCGGUGUUCUUUGUCCCGCAGCGGCCGUACAUGGUGCUUGGUACCCUGAGGCAGCAGCUGCUGUACCCCACCUGGAGCGAGGGGGAGGUCGGGGGAGGAGGGGCGGACGAUGAGGGAGAGGGGGCGAAGAGGGAGGGGGGAGAGGGCAGCAUGGAGGGGUGGUGGAGCCUUGGCGGCUUGAUGCAGCGGUUGGGAGGCAGCAAGGAUGGUGACGCUGGAGGGACAGCUGGCUUCCCCCCCACCCCAGUCUCCAGUCUCACCUCCUCGCCCCACAACAUGGCGCACCGCCCGCAGCCGUCAGAUGAGGAGCUCCUGGCAGUGCUGGACGGUGUGCGAUUAGGCCACGUGGCGGAGCGCCAGGGGGGCCUGGACGCCCAGGUGGAGUGGGCGAGCGUGCUGUCCUUGGGCGAGCAGCAGCGGCUGGCGUUUGCACGGCUGCUGCUCUCCAGGCCAGAACUGGCACUGAUGGACGAGUGCACAAGCGCUCUGGAUGAAGAUAACGAGGCCCAUGUGUACGGGCUAGUGGAGGCCGCCGGAGUGACGUUCGUCAGCAUCGGCCACCGCAGCUCCCUCCGCCGCUUCCACACUCACCUCCUCUCACUCAGCCCCAGUGGGGGAGCAACGGGUAGCAGUGAUGCCUCUGCUGACGUCAGUGAUGAUGCCAGGGACAGCAUGGAUGAUGUCAGCAGCAGUGAUGAGAAAAUGGGAGGGAGAAGGGUGGUGGCGCGUGCAACGGGUAGCAUGUGGACUCUGGAGAGAAUAGGCGAGUGAGUUACAUGGCCAGUGAUCAUUGUUGGUAGUGGGUGGCAGGCGUCAGGCGAGAGUGGUGCUGGGGAGUGGGGAUUGGUGAUGGGGCAGGAAGGAGUAGGGUGGUGGUGGCACAUUCCACAUGUAGCAUGUGGACUCUGGAGAGAAUAGGCGACAGAUUUAUUGGUGUCUGACCUACGAUGGUUGGUGACGGGCGUGUGUGCGGGGAUGGAAGUGGUGGUGAGGAGAGGUUGGUGCAAGUGGCUGGAGAUGAAAAAGCUGAGGCGGGAGGGAGAAGUGUGGCGCGGUAGCACGUGCAACGAGUGUUUGGCGAGGAACCUGGAGAAGAUAGGCAAGUACAAGUAUAAUAUACUUGGUGGGAGGGCGUACACGCAUUUGCGAUUUAUUCUUGGGGGUUGUGUUGUGUAAAGAUGUCGAGUUGGAUGGUGUUGAUGAAUUUGCGAAACUGGAAUGUGUGAUGGUGAUAGGUAGAUGGGGUUCAGAAAUA